CACACCUCAAAGUCCUCAGGAAUGUGAUACGAGGCUGACGAGAACGGAAGGUCACAACACUGUACGACCGCGUCAAUAAUGGUGCCGAGGGGAAGUUGAAGUGAACGCAUGAAGGAACCAAGUGAAAGAAAAGUGUAGCAAGAGUGUGGGAGGGAAGACGGAGGCUGCGUGGUUAAUGGGCGUCAAUGUUUCAUGUCGAGGUUUCAGCCGGCGUCAUUCAACUAACUCUGGAGUUUCCCAGAGGCUGCGGAGCUGGUGUCGUUCGAUAGCAGGGCCGUCUGCGAUGAAACUAGCUCGGAGAUUUAAAUGUUAAAGAAAAACUGGGAUCCCGUUCAGGAGAAGAAGAAAACAAUACGCCUGUUUGUCAGCUCACCAGUAAGAGAAACAGAAGCCUGAGCAGCGCUGGACAGAACAAAACCCAGCUGAGGGAUCACUGGAGCAGCGAGUUCUGGCUGAGGAGGACAUCCAGACCAGAUCAGGCAUGGCUAACUCAGAUCAUGUGAGUGUGUCAAUGGAUGAGAGGACCCCGCUGAGCACCACACCGGGCUCUGCUGAUGUGCAGAACGGCACCUGCUCCAGACGAGACGCCGUGGCCGCCAGGCACUACAAGCACCACAGAGGACUGGCCAUCUGCAGCAUCAUCUGUGGGAACUCCUGCCUCGGAAUCAAGGCCUUGAUAAAUUCAGUCAAGGCUGAACACACAAACGACCCAAAGGAAGCAGCAAAGUACUCACAACUUGCAAAGAAAUACAGCAUCAUUUCCAUUGUGUUGUGGAUCGUAAUAGUGCUCGUAAUCUUUGCACUACUCGCACUGGGCUCAUACGUCCUGACUCUGAUAGAGUGAAGCACAGCACAGAAACCAGCCGAGGGGCCGUUCUGACUUUGAACGCUUAUGAAGACGAACUGUGCAAAGCUGCCGCGGACACUAAAGACCAUGAGCAAAUGACAAGUUACGUAAACCUGGGAGGACUGGUGUCAUUUUCCUUGUGCUGCUGUCCCACUUUACUCUUCCCCACCUUUUCCUUGCUUUUAUAUUUUAUUACAAGAGCACUCACUAUACGCCAACGGUAUUAAAUCUUACAGCUUUUAUGUUUUUAUGCAGUUUAUUUAACAACAUACAGACAAUUCCAAUCUAAAUAACCAGCAUUACCUACGUAUGGUUUGUAACUACAGACAGAAUUGUCACUUGGCCAUAGAGACCCAGUCCUUCAGACUAAUGCAUCAAUAUAAUCAAAUAUACAUAUAUAUGCGCUAAUAUAUAGCAGGGUCUGUGCUUCACCUGAAUAAUAACGACUACCUGCUCGUGUGCCAGCAGUGUGUGGGCAUCGCUCCUUUGUUACCACAUUGGCUUUAUUAACGUCAAAUCUAUCAAUAUGUACUUUUAUACAAAUGUAUACACACUUUCAUAAUAAAAUGACUAAACCUU